CGGCGAGGAGCGCGCCCGGAGCCCAGCCCAGCCCAGCCAAACUGAGCCCAGCCCGGAGCGCUCCCGGUGCCGCCGGGGCUCAGCCCGCCCGCCCGGAGCCAGGCACAGGGAACGGGUAAUAACCGAAGAUGCCUCACAGCAGGAAAGUGGGAUCAGAUUGGCAGUGCAGCAGUGAGUGGCAUGAUUGAAGACAAGAUAAAAAGCAGGCUACAGCAAAAGGUGUGAGCUUCAUCUUUUUUCCCUGAAACUAGGUUACAGCUGAGAAGUUGAAAAUGAUCCCAAAUUACUCUACUGAAGAAACUGUUAAAAGAAUCCACGUGGACUGUCCUGUUUCAGGACGGCACAGCUACAUCUACAUUAUGGUUCCAACCGUUUACAGCAUCAUCUUUAUCAUAGGCAUAUUUGGGAACAGCCUGGUCGUCAUUGUCAUUUACUGCUACAUGAAAUUAAAAACCGUAGCCAGCAUCUUUCUGCUCAACCUGGCCCUGGCUGACUUGUGCUUUCUGAUAACUCUGCCCCUCUGGGCAGCCUACACGGCCAUGGAGUACCAGUGGCCUUUUGGCAACUGUUUGUGCAAGCUGGCCUCGGCGGGGAUCAGCUUCAACCUGUACGCCAGCGUGUUCCUGCUGACGUGCCUGAGCAUCGACCGCUACCUGGCCAUCGUGCACCCGGUGCAGUCGCGCAUCCGCCGCACGGUGUCCGUGGCCCGCGGCACCUGCGUGGCCAUCUGGCUGCUGGCCGGCGUGGCCAGCCUGCCCGUCAUCAUCCACCGCAACAUCUUCUUCGCCGAGAACCUCAACAUGACGGUCUGCGGCUUCCGCUACGAGAGCAACAACACCACGCUCCGCGUCGGGCUGGGCUUAUCCAAAAAUCUGCUGGGCUUUUUAGUUCCUUUCCUGAUCAUCUUAACAAGCUACACCUUAAUUUGGAAAACACUGAAGAAGGCAUAUCAAAUUCAAAAAAAUAAGACUAGAAAUGAUGAUAUCUUCAAGAUGAUUGUAGCAAUUGUGUUUUUCUUUUUCUUUUCCUGGAUUCCUCAUCAAGUGUUCACUUUUCUGGAUGUGUUGAUUCAAUUACAUGUAAUAACAGAUUGCAAAAUCACUGAUAUAGUGGAUACAGCUAUGCCCUUCACCAUUUGUAUCGCUUACUUUAACAACUGUCUGAAUCCCUUUUUUUAUGUGUUUUUUGGAAAAAACUUUAAAAAAUACUUCCUUCAGCUAAUUAAAUACAUCCCACCAAAUGUCAGCACACAUCCAAGCCUCACAACCAAAAUGAGCUCCCUCUCCUAUCGGCCACCAGAAAAUAUCCGCUUGCACACCAAAAAGACUGCUGGGCCUUUCGACACCGAUUGAGGCAUUUCACAAAGUUCUCCUUUGGAACAGCCUUGUAUGUGAAGCACCAAGAACAACGAGAUUCAUCUGCGGUCCUGAACAUCACAGCUCCUUACAGCAACACUGGAUCACCUCAGAGAAAUCAUACUGUAAAGAGUCAGCAGUGGCCUUACAGCUUCCGUUGCAAAGAGGACUGCUUCGUUUUCAUUUCACUUUACUGAAAGCAGCCCAAGCGUUGGACAGGUGUGUCACAGUUCCUGCCACAUCCCACUGUUUGCUUGGAACUACGAAAGAAGGGGAGGGAAAACUCCUAACUUAAGUUCACAGGUGUUUCAAAAGGAAGCACUUGUAUAAAUAACAUUAAAUGCAAAGAACCUGACUUGCAUAUAUGUGAGCUAUUCUGUUGAAGAAGUGGAGCUUUUUUCUUGUUUUGUUGGUUUAUUUUUAAUUACAUAAAUGUCCUAUAAUCAUAUUUAUAAUAUAUUUUCAAAUAUAUGCUAUAUAUAGAGGCCCAAUUUUAAACUCAAAUGGAAAUUUAAGGUCCUUGAAAUUGGUCUUAUUCUGAUUUAUGCUACUAUUUUUAAUGGCAAUUUUUUCAUAAUAAUAUAUGCAAUAAAAUGCAGAUUUAUUUAUUAAAUAUAGAAUAUAUUUUUAGAUUUAUAUUCCUACUCAUACAUUUCAAACAUUGCUUCAGAAAUGUACAUUUAUAUGUCAGUGGGUAUUUUUGUAGUAGUUAACAAAAUAACUAUGUAUGUGCACAGAAAUGGGGCUCACUCAGCCUUUCCUCAUAAUAAGCCACCUUUACUUUGAAGAACUUUAUAUACAGAGGGAGUUGACUCCAUACUCUGUAUGACUAAAAUUUAAAAAUUUCAAAUUCCUGCACAUUUAGUAAACUCAUAUACUGAUAAGCAAAAAUAUGACAAUGCUUAUGCAUCAGUUUAUCUAAUAAUACUUUUGGUCCCAUCACAAAACAUCCGAGAUCAAACUUUACUCUUGGUUUUUAUGGAAUUUCUCUCUAUUUAUUUAAAAUUAUGCCCAGAGUAUUUUCUCCCAUACAUUAUUUAUUUAUAUGGAACAAAUUCAGAUUUAUACUAGCAUAAAUCAGAACUAAAGUCUGGCUCAAAUUCUUAGUACAAAUCAAGAGGAAAGGAGACAAGCACUGUGGGAAGUUUCCGUCAACGAUAUCCUCAUAUGUGUCCUUUUUACCUCAAAUAAUGAGCUUCAGAUAAUAUUUAUGCUUGAUUCACACCCAUUUAUUGUCUUCAAAGAUAAAGGAAUUCAUAAGUACUUUUUGACAUUACAAAACUUUAAAAAAUCCAAAACUUUGCAUAUAUCAUCUAAAAAAUUACAUGCCCCUUGAGGAUUUACGGUAUUUAUUAUCUUCAAAAUCAUACAUAUAAUGUGGCUUUGUCUCAAGUAGCGAGAGGUUGGAUUAUCCAUAUUUUCUGAUUAUCAAAAUCAAAACAACAAAACAGUUACUCCUGUAGUUUAAUACUUUUUAAGGAAAAAAUGGGACUACAGCCAGGUCUAGAAAUCUUCCUACUCCUUCAUUCACCUAUACUAAGGGACUUUUUUUCAGUUUUGCCUUUGUUCAUCCAGCUGCAAAAAUGGGAACAAUGCAUCUACUCAUACAUUGCAAGGCACUCUGAUGAGUCACAACUUUUAAAGCUGUUUGAUAAAAACCUCUCCUUCAUUAAAACUUUAAGUUAAUUUAAUUGCAAGCCAGCAUCUUGACAUUUGAAGCCUGAACGUCAUUUAACUAUGGCAUUUAAAGACAUCUUUAAAUUGUUAUACUGAAUACUUUCUAUUUAGCUCAUAUCCUUACAUGUGAGACAGCCAUUUGCUUAAAUUGGCAAUAACCUCAUGCAUUAUCAAUAGCACCCAGAAGAGGACUGGUGCCCCAGCCCUCUCUAAGCUGACAAAAGGCUGGCAGAGAUUCCCAUUUAUCUGUAUUUUGUUCAUGGACACACACGCACAUGCUGAGCAGCAUCAGGAGCUUCCCUUGGCAGAAGCAUCUCUGUCCAGCCAUAAUUCUGCAUGCUGUGCUUGCCACCUGCUGGAUGCAGCCACAAAUUUGCUUGACAUUUCAAAUUUGUUACAGGAAGAAACAGCAACACUUCCCUGCCACCUGUAGGAUCUGAAGAUCCUCGUUUGUGGCAAAACUACUUUAUAAAUAAAACACAAACUUGUCCAUCUGGGAGGCCAGUAAUUUCCUUGACAGAGUCUAAGCAAGCAUUUUCUCAUCACCUGCUCAUCCCUUUGGUCACUGAAACCCAGUGUCCCCAGUGACCACAACAGGGAGCUCAUUUCAAAACAUUGAUUGCAUUACUACAAGAGCCAUCUCAAAGAGAAGAUGUAAAAAUCAAAGCCAUUGGUUACUCAUCUUGAUAAGUUCAUGCCAGAUCCUGCAGUUUUAAGAGGCUGUGUAUCCUAAGCUACUGGUGCCACCUGCAUCUGCCUGUGCCAUGUGAAGGAGCAGGAGCAUGCACAUUCAGCUGUGUUACUGGAGGAAAGGUACGAAGGGAUUGCACCUGGUGUGCACUGAGGGCAACACAGACCUUGAAUUGAUAGGCAAAGAAAGUGGAGGGGAAAUCUUUCGUAAAUAAAGCAGGGAAAUUUUUGUUCUCCUAAGCAGUAAGGAAACAAUCAUCAGCUGCCAAAUAUGCUAGCACUUUAAAAGAAAAAAAA